AUGCUUCUCGAAUUACCAAAUGAGCUUUUGUUGAUGCUGGCCGAGCAGUUAAUGUCAGCAAAAGACAUAAACAAUCUCACUUCGGCCAAUAGCCAACUUUAUGAGCUGUUGAAUAAAUACCUGUAUCAUUACAAUGUCCAGCAGUGCGGCAGUUCCGGAAUGCUGUGGGCAGCAGAGAACGGACAGGAAGCUACAGCUCGUAAGCUAUUGAGAGAAGGGGCUAAUCCUCAGGUGAAAACCACCUCAAAUGAAACGCCGCUCCAUCUAGCGGCGCGAAAUGGACACGAGCGAUUGGUACGGCUUUUUCUGUGCUUGAAAAACGUUGAUCCUCAUGUCAAAGAUAUCCAGCAGCACAUUCCAUUGAUGUGGGCAGCACGAAACGGUCAUGAGGGCGUGGUCAACAUGUUGAUUCGAACAAAGAGCAUCAACAUCAACUCUUCAGACUCCAUGGGCUACACGCCGCUGGCCUGGGCAGCAAGAUAUGGACAUGUGGCAGUAGUGGAGUUGCUACUCAGCAGGGAGGCCAUUGAACCAAACUCACUCGAUCGUUUCCGACAUACCCCUCUGUCAUGGGCCGCGCGAUAUGGGCAUGAAGCGGUGGUAAAACUAUUGCUAAAAAAGUCUGUCGUUGGUCCAGAUAUUCUGGAUAUUAACCAACGAAGUCCGCUAUCAUGGGCGUUACAACACCACCAUCACACAGUUGCCAAAAUGCUACUUGCCAGAAAGACGAGCCCAGCGAACUCCAAGGAUUAUAGCGAUCAUACACCACUGACAUGGGCGGCACGGAACGGCUGCGAUGAGAUCAUACACCACUGA